CAAAACCGAAAGUAAAGUCCAUUUUAGACACGAAAAGAUACCUGGCGCACCUUAGUGAAGUAAAAGAUUGGUUGUGAACAGAAGAUAAUCAUGGCCACAUAUGAACAAAGGUCUUCGGCACAGGAUGUUAUUAGUUGUAACGUCUGUAAAAAUCCUACUCAGCAGUUCUGUAAUAGCUGUCAAGUCAAUCUCUGUGUGAAAUGCGUACCAAAACACGUGGAUGAUAAACAGUCCAUGUCACACGACAUAGUUCAUUUUAGAAAUAGAAAGGUGCAGCUGGUUUUUACCGAGUGCGAGUUUCAUGAAGGUCAAAGAUGUGAGGCCCAAUGUCAACAGUGUAACAUUCCAAUCUGCAUCAAGUGUUGUAUUGGUCCUCAUAAAAAUCACGAUGCUGUAGAUAUAGCUGAACUUGUUGAAAGAAAAAAACAAGAAAUUCAAAAAGAUACCGACGAAAUUGAGGAGCAAAUCCUCACCGAUUGUAAGAAAACAGUUGCCGAACUACCGGACAAAUUAAAACAAAUUACAGCAGAAAUUACUAAAUCAGAACAAGAGAUGGAGUUACUAAGAAAAGUCUGGCACCAAGAAGUUGAUGUUAUUUUCGACAAAAUGGCCUCUAUGUUUGCAGCUUCGAAGAACAAACAUUCAAAAACCCUUAAAACACAAGAGAUCAAAAUGAAAACUUCUAUUCAGAGUAUGACUCAAACAUUACAGAGAAACAAAGCAAUUUUGACAAGUAACAAUGCAUCGGAUUUUACUGAUUAUAAAUCGGAGUUAAAUAGUUAUAGAGGUAUUAAUAAGGUUAUCGAUUCCACUAAGCCUAUUCUGAAAAUAAACAUACUCAGAAAUAACAUGAGCAUUGAAGUAGAAAACACCAAGGCCUCAUUAACUUUAACAUCAUCGGACAGAUCUCAAUAUUAUUCCUCUGGCAUCAGUCUUCCACCAGAGCUUAGAAAAUAUAGCGUAUUACAUAUCGAAAGACGCCCGAUACAUAAGCCCCCUUAACAAAGCAAUAUUCGUGUCCGAAAAUGGAUAGUUGCCAGGAUUUUCAGUUAAAUAUUCAUAUAUUUGUGUUUUGAAAUAGUUUAAACGCAUUUAUUUUAUUGUAUCAACUAUUAUUUUAAACACCCAGAAAAUAACUAUUUCUAUCAACAAAUUAAAAAAAACUUAGUGAAACAAAAUUCAUGGUGCAGUUGAACGCCUGAUUGCACAAUUAUAUAUAAUUAUAUAGUCUACGAUUUUGUGUACAUGUAUUACCGUAUGAUAAUAAACAAUUAAUUUUAUGAGUUAAAAAAAUGUUUAUUAUGUAUCAUAACCCUAACGACUUUAGUUUGAUCCCACAAGGGACAUAAUUCAAAUUACAUUUAGUAGAGUACAAACUCAUCAUGUACAGGGAGUUUCCUAUGUUAUUAUCACGUAGCUGAUAACUGGUUCAGUUAAUCGAAAAACUUGUAACUUGUGUGGACGCAUUCUAAGGUUGUGUAAAUUCUAAUUUGUUCAAAUCAUGAUCCCCUGGGGAUAGGUUGGGCCACGUUUGGGUUAAAUUUUUACAUUGGAAUCAAUACAGACUAAUGUUUAGAAAUCUUCUUCUCAAAAGCUAAUGGGACAGAAAAGCUAUAACUUGUUUUAUGAUAUAAUAUGACAUUUUACUGGAUAAAUAAAUGUACAACAAAUAUUUUAAUCGUAUUAUAAAAUGCAGUAAUAAAUUGUUUUUAAAUUAGGGAUGAAAAAAAAUGUCAAUGUACACAAUAUAAAAAAUCAUAUUGAAUCCAAAAAUUGUAGAAAAGAAUUGUCUAGACAGAAUUGGGAUACGAUGCUUCAU